CCUAAACUAAACCCAUAAAUUUUGAAUAAGAAUGUAUGGGCCGAGCUAGGGGAAGAUCAUCUCUGACUCUGGCCCAGUUCAAAUUUUAAAAAUACUUAUAUUUUUAGUGUAAAAAAUUCUAUUUAAAAGAAUUUCAAAAAUAUUUUUGGACCGUUCUAUAGUUAAACACAAACAAUGACCGGGCCCAAUAAUUUAUGAGAUUGAUAUUGAUAUGCAAAGGGCUAAAUUAUGCAUAAAUCUUCCCAACACAGAAUCCGCAGGGUCGCCCGCCGUCUUCCUUCCCAUUACAUGAAGAGAAAGAUGGACAAUUACGGCGGUGGCUGCCCCAAAAAGCCGCCGCUUUUCGGCGCUUCACCAAAAUUUUCAAAUUCCGCGGUUCUUGAUUUGGCGCCCCAAGAUUCCGCCCUUGAGCUUCUAAUCCGCGUGGCGGAGAGCUUGGGUCUCAUCCAAUCGCCAUCGCCGCCUUCAUCUCCGCCGCCAAGCCGCCGCCCAGACGAAAAGAUGAAAGGAAAAGCCAACUCGCUCUGCUCAGUGAAAGAAAUCUCCAGUUUCCCGCCGCCGCGAAACGGCCACCAAGAACGCGGCGAGCCGUCCCGCGUGUUUUGCUCGAUCUGCGACGACGCGAAGCCGCCAAACGCGAUGAAGCGCGGGACCGACUGCCGCCACGUGUACUGCCACGAGUGCAUCAGAGAAUACGUACGAGUGGAAAUUAAAGAAGACAUACACGGAAUCAAGUGCCCGGAUUCCGACUGCAAAAAGAAUCUAUGCAUGGAGUUCUGCCUGGAUUCCUCGGACUCGAAGGAACUGGUCGAAACGUGGGUUAAUGCGAAAAGGGAAUGUGAAGCCCUGGCGAAGCUGUGCAUUAUUAGAUGCCCGUUUAAAGAUUGUUCUAGAACUUUCCUUGAUGACAGGAAAGAUUUCUUGAUAAAAGCAUGCCCUUUUUGCUGGAAAUUAUUUUGUAGGGAUUGUGAAGUGAAGUGGCAUAUGGGAAUGGACUGUGGGGAGUACAAAUGGUCUUUGCAUAUGAGGACUGUUCUAAGGCUGCAUCAGGUUAUUGGCAGGGUUAGAAGAGUUCUAAUUAAUGGUCUCAGCUUUCAUAAAUAAAGCCAUCUAUGGAUAAAGCAAUUGUCACAGAAUAUAUACCACUCUUUUCCAGUUUUCCUGCCUAUAAAAUCACCUUCACCAAAUGAUGACCAGGAGGAAGAGGAUGAGGAGGUACAUUAUCAAAUCAGGACCGGAAUAUAUGUAAUACGUAGUAGCUAGGCUAGGGACUAGGAUUUUUCACUCGAAUUUUAGUUUUACCUUAUAAUGAUAGAUAUCGCACUGUAUGUAUACAAUUGCAUAUUAAUCUUAUUU